AUGGAGGACUCCCCCAUGACGUUCGAGRAUCUGGACAAUCUCUGUGAAGAAGCCCUGGCGGCCUACGAGGAAGGAAGCUAUGAAAAGGCCCGCUCUAGAUAUAUGAAGGCACUAAGCACCUGCGAUAGCCUCAUGGAUGAUGACUACCGGGUCAGCAUCCGUCAGUACUUGGGUAUGUGUUACUACCGGCUUGGGGUAUUUAAAGAAGCGGCACGGUAUGAUCGGAAAACGCUGGAGAUUUUGACCAGUCGCAAAGAUGGAGGCGGUACAAAAGUGGUUGUCCUACGCCACAAUUUGGCUCGCGAUCUGUCGGCCAUACACGACGUCACUCCGCUCGACAAUUUGGACAAGCUUGAAGAAGCCAUCAUCCUUCACGAUCGGAAUCUCGAGGACCUUCAGGCAAUACACGAGAGAAAGGCGGAGCUAUUGGAGACCAAGUAUAGUCUAGCUUUUGAUCUGGCGAAACUUAGUAGAUUCUUGACCGACACCGCAGCCAUGUCUUCGAUACUGGAAAGGGCGGCCGACCUCAACCAACAGGUAGUCAGGGCUAGAGAGCGAUCGAACCCAGGGGACCCCCUCACCCUGCAAUCAAGGCACAAUCUUGCGAGUGUCCUGUACCAUCAGAAGGAGUACCCCGAAGCCAAGGAACUACUGCUGAGGAAUCAGAAGGAGUUCAGCGCACUCUCCUCGACGGAGAAAAAGGAGCACGCAGUGCUGCGUCAGAGUACUGAGAGGUUUCUCGCGGCAUGUUGUGAGGCAACAAAAGAUAUAAGCUUGAGUAUUAAACAGAUCACCAAGAAGUCCAAGAAGCCCCGCAAGCCCAGUACAGCCUCGAAGGACGUCAAAGUCGUGUCGAAGAUUGCGAUUCAUGAUGAUGCAUCAGGCGGAAGGCUGUUGAAUGCAGAUGAUGCGACUGCUGUCGUCAAACCGAAAGCUGCUCCGACCGGGCUCGCAUCAUCCUCAUCAUAUCCCCAAGGCGGACCUCUGACCAGUAAUGGUGGAAUUGUGCCAUCGUCAUCAUACUCUGGUAUCGCUACAGGCGGCAGUUCCAAGGUUCACAUGGGCAAUGCUACUACCAAUGUACAUGCAACGAACAUUCRUAAUCACUACUACUACAACUCUCCGCACCCGGUGCCGGAUGGAGUAUCUCACAGCUCACAUCCACAGCCACAUCCGUCCUUCUCUCUGGAAGCUCCCACAUCCCAAAAUGAUGGCGUUCAAAGAUCAAUCUCGCAUGGACAUGUUCUCCAAAGCAAUUUAUUGCUACAUACUGCUACUGCUGCAAAGCCGAGGAGCUCCUCAGGCGUGCGGACUCAAAGAUCUCCCUCGAGAAACCCGGUGAGGAGGUCAAGAAGCGUUUCCAAUCCAGAAUUAAGCGGUACAGACUCGAGAGUGGGAGACAAACGUAUGUCUGUGCCAGAGAUCAGGACUGCUUCCUCUGACGAUAGUGAUGAACGAUCCAGAGGCCGGCGAAAAGAUAGGAUCCGAGAGAAACCAUCGCAUCAGACUACAUCACUGCAUCCUGUGCACUCAAGCGAAUCCCGCAGCUCAACGAGCAGACACACACCUCAAAUUGGAUCAGAAAGGGUAGCCAAUGGGAGUUGGGGAGAAGCGUCACCAACGGGAAACAAGGCCGAUAAGUKGUUCUCAGAUCUACGUGAGCAUACGCAUGCACUCUUACACUACAACAACAAGCCGCAGAUCCCGCAUCGACGCCGUGUCCGUGUGGCCAUUAUAGACUCUGGCCUCGACCGCCCGCCAAGAAAUUCUGUUCGGCGACCAGACAUCCUCAGACACCGGCAUCGCUUCUGCAGAUACAGAGAUUUCACCCUCGAGGGAACUCGGUGGACCGACAGCGAUCAUGAUUUGCAUGGCACAAACUGUGCAUCAAUCUUGCUCCAAGUAGCUCCCCACGUGGACCUUUACAUUGCGAAUGUCGUCAAAAGAAGCACAGGCAAACCAUCCCCUUCCAGUGUCGCCUUGGCUUUGGAAUGGGCAUUGGAGAAAGAAGUCGACAUCAUUUCAAUGUCCCUUGGGUUUGACACGAUGUACGAAGACAUCAGCAAGCAAAUUGACCUCGCGAGACUGGGAGGGGUAUUGAUCUUCGCCGCGGCAUCCAACGAUGGCCCGAAUGCUCCAGACUGGGGUGUCUUUCCCGCCUGGCUUUCAAACGUCUUCUGCAUCAACUCCGCAGAUGUCGACGGAGCCAUGUCCUGGUUCAAUCCGAAAUACACCGACGAGAAACUCAACUUCGCAUUCUUAGGCGAACAAAUCGCCAUCCUCGAUGAACACAACCACACCCCCUUAUCCGAUCCUCCCAGACUAACAGGCACAUCUUUCGCAACCCCCAUAGCAGCCGGUACAGCAGCUCUCGUACUCGAUUUAGUUCGCAUGCAGAAUAUCGAAGAUCAAUACCCCAAAAUUGAAAUCUGCUUGAAAACUUACGAGGGAAUGUCGGCCGUGUUCAAGAGGAUGAGUAGUCCUCCCACGGCUUUUGGGGCGGAAUUCUAUAAUGUACGACCUUGGCGAUUAUUGGGUAAGAAGGGACCGCCGCUUUCCAGAGCGGAUGAACCGAACGAGUCRAAGCAGUGGUAUGCUUUAUUGAAGGUUGUGGAGUGUUUGGCUAAAUUUGGGGAGUUUGAUACGGGGAUUGCGACGAUGUCGUGA